AUGAAGUCACUGGCCUCCAGUGUGGAAUCAGACGUAGGGUCAGACUGCAAUGGCAGCCAUCAGAACACACAGCAGAAGCAAAAACAUCCCCGAAAGAAGAACAAAAAAAAUUUCCUAAGGUUGUGGAGCUCAGGAAAUCAGGACCUCCAGUCACUAAGGCCAACUCCCGAGGAAGCCCAUGAAUGGGCAGAAUCUUUGGACAAACUGCUAUUACACCCAUAUGGUCGAGCUGCUUUUCACGCUUUCUUGAAGUCAGAAUUCAGCGAAGAGAACUUGGACUUCUGGAUGGCCUGUGAAGAUUAUCGAAAACUCCGAGGAUGUGACAAACUCCAGGAUAGUGCAAAAAAGAUUUUUGACCAAUAUAUCACGAUCCAAGCUCCAAAAGAGGUGAACCUUGAUUCCCAGACCAGAGAUGUUACCAAUCGGAACAUUUUGCUCCCCACCCGGUCUUGCUUUGACCAAGCCCAAAAGAGGAUCUUUGGGUUGAUGGAGAAAGACUCGUAUCCUCGCUUCCUUCGUUCCCUUGUCUAUCAAGAUCUGGUACAGCCUGAUAAAGAGCAGCUGAAUGGCCCCUUGUAAAUCUGCGGCAUUUGCCCUUCCUCUU